UCCCGACGGGUAUGCGCCCCGAGAACUUAUGGGAUGAGACCCAGAAGCACUCGUUCCUACACUUACAUUCUCACCUCUCGACCCGAACCUUCGGUUGCGCUCAUCACCCUCAACCGGCCCAAGGCCCUGAAUGCUCUCAGCUCAGCGCUUAUGACUGAGCUCAAUCAAGCAUUGGGAGAAGCCGAUACUAGCAAAGAAGUUGGAGCUAUCGUUAUCACCGGCUCCCAGACAGCGUUUGCUGCCGGCGCAGAUAUAAAAGAGAUGAAGGAUCUGGAAUUCUCAACAGCUUACUCAACGGACUUCAUCGCUGACUGGGCACGUCUUACACAAAUUAAGAAGCCUAUUAUUGCGGCUGUCAGUGGUUACGCGCUUGGAGGCGGCUGCGAGCUAGCUAUGAUGUGCGAUAUCAUAAUUGCCUCUCCGACUGCCGUUUUCGGGCAACCUGAAAUCAAACUGGGAACGAUUCCAGGUUCUGGAGGAACUCAGCGUCUUGCGCGCGUCAUUGGGAAAUCCAAGGCAAUGGAGAUCGUCCUUACUGGAAGGACAUUUAGCGCUGCAGAGGCAGAGAAAUGGGGUUUAGUUAGUAAGAUUACCAGCGAGGAGGAAGGUGCUGUUGUCACCGAAAGUGUAAAAAUGGCCAAGCAGAUUUCGGAGUAUGGAGCGUUGGCUGUAAAGGCGGGGAAGGAGCUUGUGAACGCUGCGUAUGAGCUCAGUCUUCAAGAAGGAAUACGGCUAGAGAGACGAGUAUUCCAUAGCCUGUUUUCGACGGGGGAUCAGAAAGAAGGCGCGUCGAUUCAGUUGCAGGAAUUUCUAAGGUUUAUCUUUUUUCUAGGUAUGCGCGCCUUCGCAGAGAAACGAAAAUCGCAAUUCAAGGGAGAAUAAUGCCUGGAUCCUUUGAACGCUACCUAGCCACCGUGAAGGCAAUAUUUCGAUGUACUCGCAUUACCUUGCUUGCAAGGUCACUUCCAAAUCCACAAUUGUGUAGGAAAAAUAUGUUCAUAUUACCCAUCAUACGUUUCACAAACCGAUGCUCAGUUUGCGUGGUCCAUUGGUCCCAUCUCCCAAUUCAAUCACCUGACAGUCAUCAGUGCCCUUUCUUGAAGCCACCGCGAAGCAGCAGAAGAGGACCUGGAUGGUGAAGCCAUGAGAUGAACAAGGCGAAAAGAGAAGCGGCUGUGGUGGGUCAAAGUCGGAGAAGGAAAUAAUAUGUGCCUGCUGUUCGUUAGCCGUUCGUCCGGAGAAAAAGAGCUUUGACCAAAGUCACAAUUGUGAUUAUUUGGCUACCGGUACGGUGUGCUAGUCGGUGUUGGUGUCGG